AACUAUAUACUCUGUCUAACUCGCCCAGAGUUCAGACCGGAACAGGCAGCGAGGAACUCAAUAGUCUGUGGUUCUUUUCCUCCAUACAGCAGGGGAGGACAGCCGGCUGGGAGAUCUUCCCGUCUCUGAGCUUCUGGAGAGAGCCAACAGCAACCUGGUCCGCUCCGCUGGGGGUCCUGUCCUGACGGAGGGAGACAUCGUCGUCGACGAGGAGGCCGAGAGGAACGCCGACCCGUGCACGUCCAGCGGCUGCAUGUGGCGCCCGUGGACGGACGGCAUGGUCUACAUCCCAUACUACAUCAACAACCAGUACUCUUCUCGUGAGAAGGCCAUCAUCACGCGCGGCCUGGAGUCCUUCUCCUCGUUCUCCUGUAUCAGGUUCAGACCCAGCCGCAGCUCAGACCGGGACUGGAUCAGCAUCGAGUCCAAGGGCGGGUGUUUCUCCUCCAUCGGUCGUCGUGGGGGGGGCCAGGUGGUGUCCCUGGCCCGGCAGGGCUGCCUCUACCACGGGACGGUCCAGCACGAGCUGCUGCACGCCCUGGGCUUCAACCACGAGCAGACGCGCUCCGACCGUGACCAGUACAUCAGGGUGGUGCUGCAGAACGUCCAGUCAGGGAUGGAGCACAACUUCAGGAAGAAGAACACCUUGAACCAGGGCACGUCCUACGACUACAACUCAGUGAUGCAGUACCACAGGUACGCCUUCUCUAAGAACAACCAGCCGACCAUGGUGCCAAUCCCUGACGCCAACGUCUCCUUCGGGAAGGCCACGCAGAUGAGCCGCAACGACAUCACCCGCCUCAACACCCUCUACAAGUGCUAUGCUGAUGUGGUUCACGUCCCCGGGUUGAGACCCCAUGUGCUGUGUUUGUUUUGCGCAGAGGGGGUCCGCCGCGAGAAAGUCCCUUCCCUUGGGAUGUCCGUGGGAGAGCUUCUGGAGAGAGCCAACCGAGGCCGCACUCUCCGCCCUAAUGGGCCUGUGGUGGUGGAGGGAGACAUCGCCAUCAAGACUGUGUCCGGGAGGAACGCCGACCCCUGCACCGCGCAGGGCUGCCUGUGGAAGAAGUGGACGGACGGCCUUGUCUACAUCCCCUACUACAUCGCCAACCAGUACUCGCCCCGGGAGAAGGCUAUCAUAAUCCGGGGCCUGGAGUCCUUCUCCGCCGUGUCCUGCAUACGCUUCCGGCCCACCAUCCAGAACGACGUGGAGUGGCUCAACAUCGAGUCUGAGAGCGGCUGCUACUCCUGGGUGGGUCGUCAGGGGGGUAAGCAGGUGGUGUCCCUGGCCCGGCAGGGCUGCCUCUACCACGGGACGGUCCAGCACGAGCUGCUGCAUGCCCUGGGCUUUAACCACGAGCAGACGCGCUCCGACCGCGACAAGUACAUCAAGGUGGCCUGGGAGAACAUCAUCGAUGAUCAGAAAUACAACUUUAACAAACUCAACACGCUGAACCAGGGCACGCCGUACGACUACAGCUCCGUGAUGCAGUACGAGAGGUACGCCUUCUCCAAAAACAACAAGCCCACCAUGAUCCCCAUCCCCAACCCCAACGUGGCCUUCGGCGGGUCCCAGGAGAUGAGCAAGAACGACAUCAUCAGGAUCAACAACCUCUACAAGUGCUGUGAGCUGUGGACAUGAACUGCAGCUGAGAGCAGAUCCACUCAACGUUGAGAUCAAGUUGUAGGAACAAUAAAGAUUCUUUUUCUCA